AAACAGUAGUAUUGUUUAUGGUAAACAGAGUGGGAAACUAUUUUCAAGCACCCUGUUCGUGUUUCUACAGUAAAACACAUUAACAAAUGUUUAGGCGAACAAAAACAAACGGAAAUGUUAACUAGGUCUACUUUCCGCUAAAGCAGAGCGCCAUGGAGUAUUGUAUUACACAGGCACCCAAGAAGGGGUCACUCAGGAAGUCAAUGUUUGGACAUGCUGUUACUCAAACAAGAGGAGUAUCCAGAACGCGCACCAAGAGCGCAUUAUAAAGACCGCUCCGCCCGCGCUCAGAGCAGUUACCCUCGCAGCGCAACGCAGUUCAGAAACUCCGUUUGGGAAGACAGAACGCGAGAGCAUGGAAGCUCCUUACUUCUGUUUCACCGUGGCUCUCUGCAUCGGACUUAUAACGGCGGACAGGAGCGCCGUGAAUGAUUACCAGCGCUCAGAGGGCCGGGAGCUGCAGCGGCUGUCACGCAACGCUGUGGGAGGAGAGGAGAUAUCCAUGGUGAGCCUGGAGGAGUGUGCCAAGCGCUGCUCCCUGUCCCUCGACUGCAGAUCCUUUAACUACCACAGUCACAGUGCAGCGAGCUGCAAGCUUCUCCCCUGGACCAGAGAUACUCCCAACUCUGUAGUGAAGAACAACGUGAACUACGACCUCUUUGAAAAGAAAGAUUUCGUGCGCAAGUGCAUUAUGGGAAACGGAAAGAGUUACCGAGGGACCGUGUCGAUGACAGUGAGCGGGCGGACGUGCCAGCACUGGUGGUCUAAGUUCCCUCAUGAUCACAGACACACUCCGAGCAUCUGGAACGGGCUGGAGGAGAAUUACUGCCGGAACCCCGAUGGGGACGCCACGGGCCCCUGGUGCUACACCACUGACCCGAACAAGCGUUACGAGACCUGCAAGAUCCCAGCCUGUGAGGAGGAGGUGUGUGUGUCCUGUAACGGGGAGGAUUAUCGUGGGCAGGUGGACCACACUGUGACGGGACAGGAAUGCCAGCGCUGGGACCAGCAGCAUCCACACCCGCACCCGUACCAACCAGAGAAGUACCCGGAGAAGAGUCUGGAUGAUAACUACUGCCGCAACCCCGACGCCUCGCCAGUCCCGUGGUGCUACACCUCCGACCCCAAGGUGGAGCGGCAGGACUGCAAGAUCACCAAGUGCCAGGCUAAGGAGGGAGGAGAUUUGGCUCUUGAAGUAAUUUCCAAGGACACCAAAAGAAAAGCACAUCAGAAAAAGAAUAACAAGGGAAAAGAGCCGUUGAAGAGCCCAAGCCCCACCGUGUUACAGAAGGACUGUUUCAGGGGUCGGGGGGAGGACUACAGGGGCAAAGUGAACGAGACCACCUCGGGGAUCCCCUGCCAGCGCUGGGACUCUCAGCAACCCCACAGUCACCCCUUCUACCCCAAUGUGUAUGAGUGCAAGGGCUUGGAGGAGAAUUACUGUCGGAACCCGGACGGUUCUGAAGCUCCUUGGUGCUUCACGUCCGUACUGGAUAUGAGGACUGCUUUCUGUCUGCAGAUCAACCGCUGCAUGGAGGACAUUGAGACACAAGACUGCUACCACGGCUAUGGAGAAAGCUACAGGGGUAUAGUGCGCAAAACCCGAAAAGGCAUCCCCUGCCAGAAGUGGAGCGUUGACACGCCACACAAAACAAAAUACAACCCCAGGACCCACCCCGACGCUAACCUGAGUGAGAAUUACUGCCGCAACCCGGACGGGGACCACCACGGGCCUUGGUGCUACACGACAGACCCCAAAACAGAGUUCGACUACUGUGCCAUCAAACAGUGUGCUGGAGAGAGAAGCUCCAUCUCCAAACCUUUAGAGAAAGUGGAGUUCAUCCAGUGUGGGAAGAGAGAGGACCGGCUGGUCAACUCCAGGGCUCGGAUCGUGGGAGGGUUACCUGGGAACUCUCCCUGGACAGUCAGUCUGCGGGACAGGAAGGGAAUCCAUUUCUGUGGAGGGUCCCUGAUCACUGCGGAGUGGGUCAUUAGCACCAGACAGUGCUUCUCUUCAUGCGACGCCAGCCUCUCCGGUUACUCUGCCAUGAUGGGGACCCUGUUUCGAGAUCCCACCGCGGACAACCCAGACAAGCAGAUCAUCCCCCUCCGAAAGAUCGUCUGCGGGCCAUCCGACUCCUACCUGGUCAUGCUGCAGCUGGAGAGGCCUGCCGAGUUGAACGAGAGAGUGACUCAGAUCUGUCUGCCUCCGGAGAGAUACAUCGUCCCUGAGGGUACCAAGUGUGAGAUAGCCGGCUGGGGAGAAACUCAAGGAACCGGUAAUAACAGCGUGCUGCAGAUCGCUCAGAUGCCGGUUCUGAGCAACGAGAAGUGUAACAAGUUCCCCCGGGUGCACGUGAAGGACAACGAGAUGUGCACCAACCCCUUCUCUGGUGGGGUGGGAGCCUGUGAGAAGGACUAUGGUGGGCCUCUGGCUUGUGAGACUGAUAACUGUUGGGUUCUGGAGGGUGUGAUGAUCCCCAUGAGGCGCUGUGGACACCCCCAGCAGCCCAACGUCUUCAUCCGCGUCUCUGUCUACGUGGACUGGAUCAAGAAGGUUUUGGCCUAACCUCCCCUCCAGGACCUGCCUCCCUAGAGAACGCUGCCUGCUCCUGCUCGUAUCUAAACUCCUCCCCCUUCAAGACAUGCUGGCUCUCCUCUCUGAUCGAGGGUGGGGGGCAUUGUGACAUCACCUCUGAGCAAUGCAAUCAAAGCUAGUCUGCGAAACAAAAUAACGACCCCGUGUUACAGUGGGAAUGUCUGCUUGCCAUUGACAUGCAAGACCUACUGUGAGUCGCCCUCAUCCCGUAGACAUUGCAGAAGCCCUGGGAUUUGUUUUUUAAUUUUUAACAGGUGUUUUGUGCUUGAUAAUUGGUUUAGAUUUGUAAGAGACCCAAACAAGCAAGGGUUUUAAACUAAAAGUGGAAAAAAAACAGGAAUAUUCUGGCUAAAACUCCUUCACCAUAAAGACUUUUACCUGCAAGAAAAACAACCGGCAGCAACCAUAUGUCAGCUGAAGUUCAAACUGUGACCUUGUUAUUAAUCACAUUUCUGUGCUCAGCGGUAAAUAUUCAUAUCAAAUUAUGUACUUCAUUAUAAUACAUAAUACGGAAUAAAUGUGUUGUAAUUCA